UGUGCGCUGUGACUCGGUGCCUUGCUAAUGUGCAGUGUGUAUAUAGUUCUCCCAAAGAUUUCGGCUUUCCUCCGGGUAGAUGGUAGGCUAAUACAGUAUCUCCUGAGAAGUUGACUGGACAUAUCACAGGGCGCCGCUUCCAAAGCCGGAUUUACGUGGUUAUACUUGGACUCAAAUCGUGUGUUUUCCAGGGAAACGUCAGAGUGGCGGUGUUGGUUGCAAAGUAAAGUACGAUUUUUCAUUGAUAAAGAUUUUAAAAUCUGCAGCCGAAAAAGUGGAAACUACGGUGCUCUGUAUUAUCCACGGAUUGUACAACCGCCCGGGUUGUUUAACGGGAAUUCGCUGUCGAACAAAUACGGAUUAAUCAAGUUAAGUGCAAAAUGUUGAGAAUACAAGCCUUGUUUUGCACUUUCUCAGUGCUGGCUCUUUCAGGUGGAGCUGAUCUAAAAGCACGAAGCUGCAGUGAGGUCAGACAAGCCUACACCGCUAAAGGCUUCAGUCUCGUUAAUGUCCCUCAUCAGGAAAUCUCAGGUGAACAUCUGCGCAUCUGUCCCCAGGGAUACACCUGCUGCACCGCAGAGAUGGAAGACAAGCUGAGCCAGCAGAGCAAGCUUGAGUUUGAGAACCUAGUGGAUGAGGCCAGUCACACCUUACGGACUACCUUCGUGUCCCGGCAUAAAAAGUUUGAUGAAUUCUUCUUGGAGCUCCUGGAGAACACGGAGAAGUCGCUCAACGACAUGUUCGUACGGACAUACGGGAAGCUGUACAUGCAGAACUCGGGCGUCUUUCAGGACCUCUUCACCGAGCUCAAGCGCUACUACACGGGCGGCAAUGUCAACCUGGAGGAGAUGCUCAACGACUUCUGGGCCCGUCUGCUGGAGCGCAUGUUCCAGCUCCUCAACUCACAGUACCACUUCACGGACGACUACUUGGAAUGUAUCAGCAAGUACACCGACCAGCUCAAGCCCUUUGGAGAUGUGCCCCGGAAGCUGAAGGCUCAGGUCACCCGGGCAUUUAUUGCAGCAAGGACCUUUGUGCAGGGGCUCAUGGUCGGUCGAGAGGUGGCCAACAGGGUUUCCAAGGUCACUGUAUCACCUGCUUGUAUCCGCGCUCUAACAAAGAUGCUGUACUGUCCGUACUGCCGAGGUCUACCGGCGGCAAAGCCCUGCAGGAACUACUGUCUGAACAUCAUGAAGGGCUGCCUCGCCAACCAGGCUGACCUCGACCCGGAGUGGAACCAUUUCAUCGAUGCCAUGCUGCAGGUGGCGGAGAGGCUGGAGGGACCCUUCAACAUUGAGGCCGUCAUGGAGCCAAUCGACGUCAAGAUAUCCGAGGCCAUCAUGAACAUGCAAGACAACAGCAUGCAAGUCUCAGCCAAGGUUUUCCAAGGAUGUGGUCAGCCCAAGCCUUCGGGAAUGGCCCGGUCCACCCGCGGCAUCUCGGAUGUGUUCAACGCCCGCUUCAGGCCCUACAGCCCAGAGGAGCGGCCCACCACAGCGGCUGGCACCAGCCUGGACAGACUGAGGAUGGUCUGGAGGACAAUGCAACACAGCGUGAUCGACAUUAAAGAGAAGCUUAAGCAGUCCAAGAAGUUCUGGGCCACCCUACCCGAUGGCAUAUGCUUGGAGGACAAAGUGACAGCUGGCGAGUCCAAUGAGGAACAGUGCUGGAACGGGCACAGUAAGGGCAGGUAUUUUCCUGACGUUCUGAAAGACGGUCUGACGAACCAGAUGAACAAUCCCGAGGUGGAGGUGGACAUUACCCGGCCGGACACUUUCAUCCGUCAGCAAAUCAUGGCCCUCAAAGUUAUGACCAACAAACUAAAGAAUGCUUACAAUGGCAAUGACAUCUACUUCCAAGAUUCCAGCGACGAGGGCAGCGGCUCGGGGAGCGGGAGUGGGUGCACGGAGGCCUGCGUCACCGAAUUCGACUUCGUCAGCCCGGAGGCCCCGGUGGUGGGCGCGGACAGGAGCGACGAGCGGGCGUCGGGCGGCGCCCGCCCCGGCUCCUCCCUGGCGCUGGCAGCCAUCCUCACCCUCGCGGCCCUGGCACUGCAGAGGCAAUGGAGAUAAUAUUCGGGUGGGGCGCUCACCUGGGACAGCUGAUAUCCCGCUGCUACCUUCCCAGACAGACAGGACUACAAGCUCGGCCACCCAAUGAGAAAGACUUGUACAGAAGAGUUCAGCACUUGCAGCCUGCUAACCCCUUCUUUCCCAAAGAAUGCUUGGUGACAUCACAAGCAACUUUUACAUGCCAAACUGCAUUCUCAUUAUUCCAGAACUUUGUGAAGACGCUCUCCCGGAAAACCUAGUGUUCGAGAUGUUGUUUUAAAGUUUUUUUGUUUAUACAGCAUAAGUGUUGAGAUCUUAAGGAUGCUGACGCAAUUCCCUGGGAUCGUUUCCAUUCGGUCAAUCCUGAAACAGAAAAGGAAGAAUUUUACUUGCCACUGUGAGAAUUCAUGAAGAAGUCAUCAGUAACAACUUCAGAUGUAUGAGCGCUUACGACUAUUUACUUUUAAUAGAGGCAGUGGUCCAGAUUUAAUUUACUCACGAUGCAUUUAUUUGCUUUUUCUUUACCUUUUAGUUAAUUAAUUGAAACAAUUGUUGUUCCUUUCCAUUUUCUGCAUAACAUUUUCCUUUCAUUUCAGCAACAUUCAAGAUCAUGUCAUGAAAGGCAUUUUAUAACAAAAACACCUGCUUAAAUGGUAGAAAUUAGGACAAGAUUGUGUCUGGGCCACAUUAUAAUAAUCAGUAAAAAGCGGACUUUUUCUUAAUGAAGAGUGUUGGCCCUGUUCACAGUAACCAUGGGUUCUAUAGGCUGAGCAUGUCAUACUACAAAAUGUAUCACUUCUAGUUCUCAUAAAAAACUCCUCUUUUGGUUCCAUCUGCUUUCAAAGCAACCAUAAAUUCCUAUGACUUAUUUUUCUAAAUCAAAAGAUAAUUAUAUAUGAAUAAAUUAUAUGUUUUAGUUGUUAUACAUGUUUAAAUAAUUAAUUUGAAGUAAACGUCAGGCUAUAUCUCAUCAA